AUGACUAAUUCACACAGUUCGCAGCGAGGGAGCCCGUCUUCACAGUCCUCUCUACCAGCUGUGCUGAUUUACUCUCGCUUACCGUUCUCCAACUUUCCUCAAUCCUACGGAUUCCCUCAAGGGAAGGCUCAAAAGUUCUUCUUUUCCGACCACGUUUCCACCACUCACACGAAGCCUGCACGUAAAAACAACACUCCCUUCAUAACGAUGCCGAAAAAACCUUUUCAAGCUCCCCCCUUACAGCUGGGGUCAUCUAACUUCAAUGAACCCUCUCACGACAACUCACCUUUGAGCCCGAACGCUUUGAGCCCAUUAAGCCCCACGUCUCCUAGGUCUCCUGCCUUGCAAUUUCCCAAAGGUUCUACCAUCCAGCCAUUGACGGGGAAGAAGUCACCCGCUCCCCAAUCACCUUGCCUGUCCACUUGUGAAGCAAAUAACGAAGUGCAACUAACUCUAGGUAUAACUGCAAUGCCGCCAUUUUUACCCUCUCCCAAUGAAACUACGAAGCAUGGGCGAGACCCGUCGAGGUCGUUCUUCUCCAACCUCAAGGCAUCGAAGUCAAGUCAUCGACUUCAAUCUUCGGAUGGUUACGAAAAGCCUCCGGCUGAUACGCUCCCCUCAAGUCGAGGUAGUUCAAAAGAUAGGGCGGCAACUGUAUCAAGUCGAGGUUGGAAUGGCUCCUCAUCAGAUCUUCCAGAACUAUCUGGACGGGUUGAAAGAGCAAACGGCAACCGGAGUGACGACCAAGCCUCAAGCAAGCAAAGCGUGGCCGAAGGUCCUUGUUUAGCCAACAAAAAGAGUAAACCUCGCUUUGCUAAUAUUCUUACCCGAACACGAUCCAUUAGAGUCGACGAUUCCUCCGCGCCUGGCAAAAACUAUUCCCCCCAACGGCGACCAUCAAAUGGAUUACUACGGCUAGAGGAAAUAAGCAACAGCAAUAAAGAUUCCCAACCACCUUUGAAAACCGCCCCGUUGCAGCCAGACAAAAUGUUCAAGGACGUGAUGGGCUCCUCGGUUAGGAAUCGAUCGGUUGAUCGCGCAGCUGAUGAUGUCCUUGCUAAAAGCCAACGUGGAGCCCAUGGGGGGUCAAUGGCUCCUUCGUCAUCAUUGAGUCAAGUUUCUGGCGCUUCGUUAUUUAACAAUCUGAAACAAUCGUCCAGUGGCGCGGCUGACCGUCUGGGAAAGGCUGGGAAAGGAUUUUUCGGUAAAAUCACAAGAAGUGGGAGCAGUAACGAGCGUGAGCUGGCUACUGAUGACACAUAUACUUGCCGUAUCAUCAACCUCCCCCUCGUUGAACAAACUCGCCGGACGAGGAUAUCGAAAAGAUUGGAAGCAUCAAAGGAUAAAACUGAGUAUUGGAUGCCUGCCCUCCCCUGGAGAUGUAUUGAUUAUCUAAAUUUUAAGGGCUGUGAGGAAGAAGGCCUUUAUCGGGUUCCAGGGAGUGGAAAGGAUGUUAAACAUUGGCAAAGGCGGUUCGAUUCAGAACUCGACAUUAAUUUGUUUGACGAACCCGACCUGUAUGAUAUCAACACAAUCGGAUCGAUGUUUAAGGCGUGGCUCCGCGAGCUACCUGACGAAAUUUUCCCCAAGGCCACGCAGGCAAUGAUCGCAGAAAAAUGUAUGGGCGCCACUACGGCUCCACAACUUUUGAAGGACGAAUUAUCCAAACUGCCCCCAUUCAACUAUUAUCUUCUCUUCGCCAUAACCUGUCACCUGAGCCUUCUCCAUUCCUACGUCGACAAAAACAAAAUGGAUUACCGCAAUCUAUGCAUAUGCUUCCAACCCUGUAUGAAAAUCGACGGUUUUUGCUUUCAAUUCCUAGUCUGCGAUUGGAAAAAUUGCUGGCAAGGCUGUUGGACAGAAAAGGAGUUUCUGGAAAUCGAGCUGGAGGCGGAAAGACAGGCGACAGAAGGUGGUCAUAGCGCUGUCAUUGAGGAUAGAGUGGUGUCUUCAUCUGGAAGUAGCCAGGAUCCGAAUAUGAAUCCGGUUUCCAAUUCCAAUGACGUUCGGACACAGACAUCCAGCCCCUCAACGAGUCCGAGGAGGGGGCGAAAACCCACGCCGCUUAACAUUAACGGCUCACAUUCGUCCCAGCUUCCUGAGCUUGGUCCUCCCUUAUCACCCAUCAAAAUUUAG